AUGAGGAGAAGACAGAAGUGUGUAUUUUUCCCACUAUUGGCUCUUGCAUUAAGCUUGUGUAUAGCAAAUGUGGAUGCCGGAGUGACACUGCAACCGCCAGUAAAGUUGAGAUGGCAUUACUACCGGCGGUCUACUACAUGCACCUAUGCCGAGGAGUUUGUUAGGCACCAAGUAGAGUUAUUUUGGAAGAAGGAUAGAAGCAUUACUGCCAAGUUUCUUCGGUUGCUCUACUCAGAUUGCUUUGUAACUGGCUGUGAUGCAUCGAUUCUUCUUGACGGGCCAGACUCAGAGAAGACAGCACCCCAAAACUGGGGUCUCGGAGGAUUUGCAGCGAUCUACAAGAUCAAAAAAGUUCUUGAAGCACGGUGUCCAGGAGUAGUCUCUUGUGCUGAUAUUCUCAACCUGGCUACUAGGGAUGCUGUUCACUUGGCAGGCGGACCAGCUUAUCCUGUGUUUACAGGAAGAAGGGAUGGAAAGAAAUCAAAAGCAUCAAUGGUGGAUCUCCCAUCACCAUCCAUCUCGGGACAAAAAGCAUUGGCAUAUUUCCAGUCUAGAGGCUUGGAUGUUUUGGACCUGGGAACACUCUUAGGGGCACACUCAAUGGGCAGAACACAUUGUCGCUACAUUGUGGACCGACUCUACAAUUUCAAUAAUACCAGAAGGCCAGACCCAAGCAUGAACAAAGCAUUUGCAGAUCAAAUGAGAAAGAAAUGUCCCCGAAGAACCAAAAAAGGCCAAUCUGACCCACUGGUGUUUCUAAACCCAGAAUCUGGUUCUAAAUACACCUUCACAGAAUCCUUCUACAAGAGGGUUCUCUCCUACCGAUCUGUCCUAGGAGUUGAUCAGCAACUACUUUUCAGCAAUGACACACUACAGAUAACACAAGAAUUUGCAGGUGGUUUUGAGUACUUGAGAAGGUCAUUUGCUCUGUCAAUGAGUAGGAUGGGAAACAUCAAUGUGCUAACAGGAAAUCAAGGAGAGAUACGCCGAAAUUGCCAAUACAUAAAUAACGGCAAAACCCAAUAA